GGUACGUUUUUGACGUUUUUACAUUGUGCGCCUUGAGCGCGCGCUUUUCUUACGCACAGACAGACACAGCACGGGCGCACGGCACCUUUAUGUGAUCCAUCCAGCAGGCUAGCAGCUAGAUGCUAAAGUAGCUCCAGUGGUUUGGCCUCACACAGAAAGACCCGCAGAGAUCCACACAAAACAGACACGACGAAAGUUAAGUGGUCAAGACACGGCGGUCUACACACACACACAAACGGGGGAAAGUGCCAUUGGGCCUGCAAACGACACAAGCUUAUAGUUGUUCAACAACAACAACAACAAACUAUUUUGCUAUGGGCAAAAAGUCUCGCGAAGAGGACUCCUCAUCCUCUGAUGAGGAAGAGUAUGUUGUGGAGAAGGUGCUGGACAGGAGGGUGGUGAAAGGCAGGGUCGAGUUCUUCCUGAAGUGGAAAGGAUAUUCAGAAAAACACAACACCUGGGAGCCAGAGAAGAAUCUGGGCUGCCCUGAGCUUAUUUCAGAGUUCAUGAAGACCUAUAAGAAAAGCAGCAGCAGCAGUGGUGGAAGCUCCACGCCCAGCAGCGGGGGCAGCAAAUCGGUCACAACCUCUUCACGCACCAAAGAGUCCAGUGGCCCGAAGAAGAGGAGCUCUGAUGAUGACGAUGAGGAGGAGGAGGAGGUGGAGGGUGGAAGUAAGCCCAAAAAGAAGAAGGAGGAUGACAUUCUAGUUGCACGUGGCUUUGAGAGAGGACUUGAUCCGGAGAAGAUCAUUGGAGCAACUGACUCAUGUGGAGACCUAAUGUUUCUUAUGAAGUGGAAAGACUCUGAUGAGGCUGAUCUUGUGCUUGCCAAGGAGGCCAAUCAAAAGUGCCCACAGAUCGUCAUAGCCUUCUAUGAGGAGCGUCUCACCUGGCAUGAAGACAGCGACAAGAAGGAGAAGGACGCGGUCACUGCGUGAGUGCAUCACCCCAGGAGGAAACCGCACCUCCUCCACUGCAGGGACAACCUUGAGUCAGACAUUUUUUCACACCCAAACCUCCCAUCCUUGCUCUUCACCGUGUCCAACAAAGACAGCAAACACAGUUGUGUUAUCUCCAUCCAUGCCCCAUCGGAGCUCAAAGGCCCCAGACUGCUGAAACGGAUCCAUCAGACAGGAGGGGAAGCUGUAGCGGACAUGGGUGACAUGCUACUGGGGAGGGUUUCUGCUGUUCUGUCUUUGUAUUCUUUACCUUCUUUUUUUUUUUAUUGUCUUAACACAUCAUAUUUUAGUGCUUUCAGGAUACGAUUGUGUCAGUAAGGUAUGUUGCAUCCAUGAGCACAUGUGGCCAUCUGUUUAAACAUAGUCUUGAGAGCCAGAGUUGGUACAAGCUGUGUCAACUGUGAGCAUGUCCCAUUGCAGGUGCACGACUCCCAUCGUUAAGUCUUUAUAGGCAGUGCACCUCUUUGCUUUAACAAACACCACUGAGGGUAAAACUGUAGUAUGAAUAUUCAGGAAGCCACCACCGCAGCACUUUCCUGACUGCAUAAUCACUUCCUUUUUAAAAACUUUUUAUCUCUUGUAGAUUUUUUCAGUUUGCCCCGUCUACCGGGACAUAACUACUCAAUUUGCAAACUUGCAGAUGACACCGGCCAAUUAUGUCUUUAUAAUGUAGUGAUGAUAUCCUUGUGCAUUUUUUAAAAAAAAAUUGUAAUUUUUAUCUCUUAUUUCCAAGUUUAACAUUUGAACUUUGUGUGGUGUUUUUUUUUUUUUUUCUUUACUCUCUCACCAGUUAAAAAAAAAAAGGACAAUAAAACAUUUUUUUUGCCCAGUUCUGAACCUUUUUUGUUUUUUUUAACUGCAGUGUUAUCUUUGGACCAGUCUCAUGUUCACAGGUUAGACAAUCUUCACUGUAUCCGCAUGAAAUGUAACCAGCAUUAAUCACCAGUCAUUGGGGUCUGCCACCUUGUGGCUAAAGAUGAAAGUCUUUUUUGACCAUGUGACCAACCUCUAUGAUGAGACCUCGCAGUGUUAAUGGGGUUACUGAUCAUGUUAGUUAGUGAUACUUUGAUAGAUUUCUUUUUUUUUUUUUACCGUGCAAAGUGGAAACAAAUCUACUCUGCAAUUCGAGUAUUUGUUGGUGAUCAUUGUAAUUGAAACAUUAAAACCUGUUUCUGAUUGGAUGAUGCAUAUCUUUGGUUUUAUUGUGAUGAGUAAUUUGAUUAUUCUUAGCCAUAAGUAUUCAAAUGUUUUGUUGCUACCUGGCAAGCGGAGGCUAGUUCUUAUACACAAGAUGUGUGCCGGUUUUGUAGUUUGAAAUGCUGCGCUCCAACAUGGACUCUUAGGACCAAAUGUUUAGCGUCAACAGACUGAAUUCUGUGGGUUUUUUCUUUCUUUUAAUCCGCAUUGUGAAUGAAGGCUGUGACCUUCUCCCCCUUUCAUACAUUCAGUACAUUAUUCAUGUCCCUUGAUAUCACUAAGAUUUUGGUUUUGGUGUAAUUUCCUUUCAUUAAAAAUAUUUUGUCCUUUCAGACCCUUGAGCUUUGUCCUCAGUUUUUGCCGGUGCAGAAUUUUUAAAAAGUAGACUAUUUCUUGUGUCAACUAAAUGUUACAAAUAUGUGUACAGUAGCACCCUUUAAUAAACAUUUUCAAUGUUAAA